AGCCGCAACCGGCACCCGAGCCGACCAUUUCUCCUGGACCCGCGCGAACCUCGUCUGUCGGUCGGCAAGACAGAAGAAAGAAGCUCUCGCGUCCUCCGCUGCGAACGCCUUUGUGCACCCACCACCCGCGGCUGCUGUGGCAGGGAGACGCCCGAAGAAGCCGACCUCCUCGCCACACUCCUGUCCCAUCCUCCGUGCUACCUUGAUCACAUCCCUACACCUCUCUCACACACGACCCACCCUCGCACCCACGCCAUCUUUUUCGCAGUUCGGUCAGGGUCUUGGGUGAAUCUGAGAAGGUUGCGAACCCGGGGGGGCCAGGACAGCGAGACCCGCUGCUACGCCUCAGCAAGAAAGUGCAGCGGUGGCUUCUCUUCGACAGAAGCUCGGUACAAGAAACGGAACAGCUUCGCCCUUAUUCUCCGGGACUCACUGCCGUCCUGUGCGAGUCUCCUGAAUCAUCGUUAUUGCAGCGAGAACUGAAAAACGUGCCUCUACAGAUGUUCUCGUCCACCGAUUGGCUAUCAAGGCAUCUCUGAGUCAUAACAAGUGGAGCGGCACUUUUUCGGGACGCCACUGUCCGGAGAUCUUCGAAAGCAAAGAUGUCGUGGCAGCAACAAGGUGGACCAUUCGGCCACAACAUGCCCAUGACUCCCGGCGGCUUGAGUGACCCCAACAGGAUGGCCUUCACCUCUAAUCGCACGCCCACCAGUCCGCAGUGGUCAGCUCCAUCAUGGCCGCCAGCACCGGAAACUCCAGAUGCGCCAGUGUAUUGCAGCACGGGUGCAUUGUUCCCUAUGCAAGGCGGAAGUCAACCGCCAUCCGCAGGUCAAAUGUCGGCGUCGCCCAACGGCCGCUUCACGUCAAGCGGACCCAAGUUUCCCAUUCCGCCACCUCCUUCAUCAGGAACCACUUCCCCGCGCACACAAAAUACGUUCGGAAUACCACCACCUCCACCAGCUGGACAGGGGAGGUCGGCACCUUCAAGUGGCGGCUACAGUCCCAACACCUUUCAAAUACCUCCGCCGCCACCUCCCGGGGGUCGUGCAGGCAGUGCUUCGCCUUCUGUUUCUGGCGGUGGCCGCAGCCCCGGAGCCUUUUACAUACCGCCACCCCCGACACAGUCCCUCGGAGGCAUGGUGUCCUCACCGACGAGCGCCACCGGGGGCUACGAAGAUCAGUCGUACUCGUAUCCUCCGCCUCCUCCGCCCAUCGCGUCGUCAUCCCCGGUGCCAGGUGGUUAUGGCAGCGGCGGACCAUUCCAACAGGAGCCGCCCACGCCGCCCCCUCCUCCCCCACCACCUUUUUCGCAACAGGGCCCUGCGCCACCGCCACCACCGCCUCUUCCUCCAGUUCAAGGUGGAGGAGGUGGUCCGGGUGGACCACCACCGCCCCCUCCACCACCGCCACCCCCACCGCCGUCUGGUGGUGGACCCACCUGGAGGCAAAAGCAGGAGGCUGAGAAAGCCGCACAGAGGCAAUCGGGAUCCGGCUACGAUCCUGCCCAAAUUGCGGCCCAAGGACCCCAGGACGGCACCCAACCAUUCUGCUACCUGCCUCCCCAGCUGGUUGGCACUCUCAACAGCAAGGACAAGAAGCCUUUUACUUAUACCCCCGGUGGUUUGGACCUGUCGGAGAUCAAGUCUCCGCGCAUCCAGAGGCGCAUCAACGCUCGCCAGGAAGCAGCCGCCGCGCAAGGCGAAGGAUGGGGAGAUCCACCUAGUCGCCAAAUGGAAGGAUUGAACUUGGAUGGGACACAGCCGCAAGACCGUUACGUGGACCCCAACCGGACGCACUCUCUGCCCCGUCCACCGGCGCCAGGACAGCGCGCUUCGGACCCCGGUGACUUCGUGCAGUCGCGAUCUUUUCGCGUGCUCCAGAAGAUUACCGACACCGAUUCUCCAGACUACCAACCACCAGCGCCACCCAAGCCUCGUGAGGAGGAUGAGAUGCGGUUCAGUGGCCUACGAAGGGACCAGAUCCCGUCGCGUUCCUUCCAGACGCUCCAGAAAAUGACCGGCGCCGAUGACCAGCCCUACCAGCAGCAGCAACAGUACUACUACCCGCAGUCACAGCAGGAACCACCCCCGGACAUCCGCGAGUACUGCAACCACCCGGAGGAGCUGGACGACACGACCAUCAACCCGCGCUACCGCGGAGGCAACAUCCCCUCUCGCUCCUUCAAGAUGCUUCAGGAGAUGACUGGCGACGACGGCUCCGUAGCGCCUUCCGUUUUUGACCAGAGACGUCAACAGCAACAACAACAAGGCGGUUCCAAACCACGCAAGACGACACAGAUGACCAUCCAGUUGGGUGGACCCGCCGAAGAGUGUGGCUACUCUGGCCCGCAAGGGCAGGGUGGAUUCGUGCCCCAUCCCGAGAAGGUGUUCCCCAACCCCAACGUGCCGGCUUCGCAACAGGAGGCCGAACCGGAUCCGCGCAAGUACACCGGCGGAAGCAUCCCUUCGAGGUCCUUCAGGAUGCUGCAAGCCAUGACGGGAGAGAACACCGGGGACGGUGGCACAGAUUUCUAAGGAGUGGUCCUGGACGCGGUGCUUAUACCACGCCUUCGAUGAAGACAACGCCAGUGGGAAGCGGCGAAGAUGCACUCGUGCCACGCUGGCUCGAGCUCCCCACUUACGCUACGAGACUUGUGGUCCCCAGUCACGUUGCAGCUUGAGUUCUUUCUUUCCCUGUUUUGUUACGUUUUCCUUCGUUGUUAAGGGCAGCACACGUCUGUGUCCCGCUAUUCGUUGUGCUUCUCAAUCACAGCUCGACAUUUCAGCACACGCACACGUGAAAGAUGAUGCUUGAAGAAUGGCGCCAAAAUCUAUCCGACAUGAUGCUCGAAACAGGGAUCGUUAACCGGAAUCGUAUUCGUUUGGCUACUGGCUUGUCGAGUUAUUGAAAGAAGAAAUCGCCGACUCAAAGGAAAUUGUCAGAACUUUGUUUCGAAUUGCGGUUAGUAUCCUUCGGGAAUCACCGCAGCACUUUUUUUAGCCUUUUGCAGAUCUAGUAUAUGACAUCAUGGUCCUGAGAUCUCGUCUAAGAUCAAAAGUCACACGUUCCGCGCUGGUUUCGAGCAUACAGCGAAAAAAAAAAACACUCGUCGUUAAUGGUUGUUGCUCUAAUAUUGUAAUUAUACAGUGACUCGUAGAAUAGAGUUUUGACAUCACAGUGAUUUGCAAAUUGCGGCCUCAUACACAAACAUAAUGUUUAUGUUAACGAAACCCGAUAACCUAAACAAAGUUGCUUUUAUCACACUUAAGUAGGAUGAGACAGAUAAACAAAAGGUGUGGUUGAGAAGCAGACACGUUUGUUUGUGUCAACGGUUGUUUUCUCCAGUUCGCGUUUGAAUGCGUUGACACGUUGAUCGGCGCUAAUGCGAAGGGUCAUACUCUGGGAGUCCAUUUCCCGUGCUAUUUCUACAUCACGAUUGUUGUACGCGUGAGCCGACUGCCUAGCUAUGUACGUUGUUUCUUUGUUUCUGCCGGAAAGAUGGCACAGUGUUUAUUUUUUGCCAAGGUUACAUUGAGCUGAGGUGUAUCGUUUACUUCACUGAGCGUGGGGCUCAGUUCAAGCGCUCACAGUAGUCUCUCUAGUCAUCAUGAAGCUCGGUAUCUGCAAUAUUGUACUCGCUGCGGCAAUAGUCUCAGGUCGUGCUUUAUUUAAAAAAAAAGAAAAAAAAGAAAAGAGGAGAUAUUCUCGUUGUUACUUGCCAAAAAGUCAAGCCCCUGUCUGAUAGUUUUCCUGUGUGUAUGCAAUGUGUGGGCGCAAUGGCAACCUUUUGAUUGAAGAGGCUUUGCUCAGCACAGGUGUCCCAGACAGGAAAAAUGGCAAUAUUCUUUUACACCCUUCGGACUUGCUUUUUGUUAUAUGUUAACAUGUUCUUAAAAUCCAGCGCACCUAUGGUGCAUGAUAUUGUCAUUCGCGCUCUCUAAUCUAAGUGCCUUUCACGCGUCGCAGAAUUAGAGAAUAAAACGGAUGAAAAAGCUCUUCAUAUUCAA